AUGUCUGACGAUGAGAGCAUGCACGAUGAAUCCAGUCAUGAACAAGUGCCCAACCGUGCAGAUGUUGAGAAACGGUUAGACCAGGAAUACCCAAACCGCCCUCGCAAUCACGGCAAGACUCUUCCCUUUCACACACUGUUCGAGGAUCUCUUCAAUCCUCUGAUUGACAACAGGCAAAAGAAGCCAACGGCAGCCGUCAUCAACCGCAGAAAAGUAGGUCCAGAUGGCCAGUCCAAUUUAUCUCCGUCUGAGCGACGGCGCGCAAUCAUCCAACGGUACAUUGCUCGUUGGCGCAAAGAGGUCGGCCCUGACUUCUUUCCGGCCUUCAGGCUGAUCAUCCCAGACAAGGACCGCGAACGUGGGGUAUAUGGACUGAAAGAGAAGAUCAUCGCAAAACUACUGAUCAAGAUCAUGAAGAUCGACAAAAACUCCGAGGACGGGUACAGCCUCUUGAACUGGAAGCAGCCUGGUCAGACGGCUGCGUCGCGCAUGGCUGGAGAUUUCGCAGGUCGCUGUUAUGAGGCCCUAUCGAAGCGCCCCAUGAGGGUUCAAGUUGGAGACAUGACGAUCGCAGAGGUCAAUGAGCUCUUGGAUAAGUUGUCAGGGGCACCAAGGGAAGAGAACCAGCUCCCGAUUCUGGCAGAAUUCUACAAGCGCAUGAAUGCAGAAGAGCUGAUGUGGUUGAUUCGUGUAAUUCUGAAACAGAUGAAAGUGGGUGCUACCGAGAAGACUUUUUUCCACCUCUGGCAUCCCGACGCGGAGAGUUUGUUCAAUGUUUCCAGCAACCUGCGGAGAGUGUGCUGGGAACUGUACCGUCCAGAGAUCCGUCUUCAAGAUGACGAGGCUGGAGUCGCCUUGAUGCAAUGCUUCCAACCUAUGCUGGCCCAAUUCAAGCAAGAAUCUCUCGACAAAGUGGUCGAAGCGCUGAAGCCCACUCCCGAAGACCCCGAGUUUUGGAUUGAAGAGAAACUCGACGGCGAACGUAUUCAGAUGCACAUGAUCACUGAUGACGACCAUCCAGGUUCAAGACGCUUCCGAUUCUGGUCCCGAAAAGCCAAAGACUACACCUAUCUGUACGGCGACGGAUUUUACGAUCCCAAUGGAGCCCUCACUCCGCACAUCAAGGACUGCUUCACAGACGGGGUAGAAAACAUCAUCCUCGAUGGAGAGAUGAUAACGUGGGACCCCAAUGAAAAAGCACCUGUUCCUUUCGGCACACUGAAAACUGCCGCACUGGCGGAGCAGCGCAACCCUUUCGCUCAAGGCCACCGACCUGUUUUCCGGACCUUCGACAUCCUUCUAAUGAAUGAUCAACCUCUAACUCGCUACACUCUGCGAGAUCGCCGCAAAGCGUUGGCUGCCAGCGUAAGGAGUCUGCCCGAACGCUUUGAGAUCCACGAAUACACCAUAGCAAAGAAAGUGGAUGAUGUGGAAGACCUACUUCGGAAAGUCGUGGCUGAGGCUUCCGAGGGCUUAGUGCUCAAGAAUCCAAGAUCCAUGUACCGUCUAGAUGACCGCUCAGGCGAUUGGCAGAAAGUAAAGCCAGAGUACAUGGAUGGCUUCGGAGAGGAGCUCGACUGUCUUAUCAUUGGCGGUUACUACGGCUCAGGGAAACGGGGCGGCAACCUCUCCAGUUUCUUGUGCGGUCUGCGUGCCUCAAGCAAUGCUGUGCACAAAUUGACCGAGUCUCAACGCCAGAGUCAGAGCGAGGAACAAUCCUCGCAACGUCAACCGACUCAAUCGCAGACCUCGAUUGAACAGGGAGCUGAAUCGUCUGAACCAAAUGGCCCAAUCGAGAACUUUAUAUCCUUCUUCAAAGUUGGUGGCGGUAUGACGGCUAAUGACUACGCUACGAUACGCCACUCCACAGACGGGAAAUGGCACCCUUGGGGCUCCCGCCGGCCGUCGGCAAAAGACCAUAUUGACCUAGGCAACUUGAGCUUGCUCAAGGAGAGACCCGACGUGUGGAUCAAGCCUUCCGACUCUCUCGUUGUUCAGGUAAAAGCUGCGCAAGUCACAGCCAGCGACGACUACGGCCUUGGGAAGACAUUGCGGUUUCCUCGAUUCAUGAGACUGAGAAGGGACAAGGAUUGGAAGACUGCUCUCUCUGUCGACGAGUUUAGAGAUUUACAAGUCAAGGUCGAGGAUGCGGAGAAAGAGAGAGCGAUGAAAGUUGACCAGCAGCGCAAGGAGAAACGCAAGGCCCGCGCUGGCGGCUAUGCAAGCCGGAAGAAACCUCUCACCGUGGCCGGUUACAAUGCCAGGGAUGUGAACAAUGUCAAGUUACCGGAGGGACCCAGAGGAACCGUCUUUGAAGGAUUGACCUUUUAUAUCAUGACAGAAUCCGCUUUGAACGGGGAUCUGAAGAAGUCGAAACUCGAGCUGGAAGCCUUGGUCAAAGCAAAUGGUGGCAGAAUCGUGCAAACGGCAACUCCGAGUUCUGAGGACCAAGAGAGAGUGAUAUGUGUUGCGUCCCGCCGCACCGUCAAAGUGGCAUCUCUGGAGAAGCGCGGUGAAAAGGAAAUCAUCAAGCCAAUGUGGAUCUUUGACUGCGUUGACCAGGCGCAACGGGACUUUGCUAAAGGAUACGCGGAUGAGAUGGUCGUUCCUUUCGAGCCCGAACGCCACAUUUAUUUCGUACCGGACAACAAGAGGGAGCUUUUCGAGGAUAAUGUGGAUGAGUAUAAGGACAGUUUCUCAAGAGAUGUAAGCGAAGAGGAGCUCAAAGAGAUUAUGGCCAAGAUGGGCACUGUCGACAUCGAAGACGAGGAACGGAAUAGAAUUCCAGACCUCUUCGGUGAUGACUUCCUCAGCAUGAAGGGAUUCAUGUUCCAUGGCCUGGUGUUUUUCUUUGAUCAGCCCGCUUCUGUUGCGCGGAAUGGAACAGCGCAAUCGCCUAACUCGGACUCCUCAGCGACAUUGAGCACGACAAUGGCGAGCACAGCUUACUCUACCCAAGCUAUUGCGCAGUUUGCGAGUGCCAAGGUACUCUCGCUCACGUACACCACACUCUCGUCGGUACCCUCCGAUAUUAGAGCGACGAUCACACACAUCAUCGCCCACCCUGCUUCCGAUCUCGGGGAUCUGAGGAAACAGGUCUCGCGCUGGGGCACGAGGAAAAUCCCGCGCAUCGUGACCCACGAGUGGAUUGAGGUGUGUUGGAAAGAAGGAACGAGAGUUGACGAGGAAGCAUACAUUGCUCGAUGA